UGAUACAAAUAAAAUUUAUUGUAGGAUAAUAAAGUAAUAAGAGUAUAGUUUGUCUAAAAAUUAAAAAUUACUACUAUUUAAGAAACGCAACUCUAGCAAGAAGCGCCAAAACUCUCAUUUCUGACUUGCAGAAUAUCAGUGGAUAUAGAAAAGCCUAACCAUAGAGUGUUAAAGUAUCUGCAUUGCUGUUGUAAAAAAAAAAAAAUAAAUCUACAUAGCGAACUCUGCGAUACAUUAUUUUAGCACUAUCAAAUACAGCCAACCAAGCACGGUUCACACUUCGGUUCUAAUAGCGACGUAAUAGGAUUUCUGAGAGAUUUUGUUACUUUUAUUUAAAAAAAAUGGCAUCGAAGAAGCAAACCGGUUACAAAACUAAAAACGUGGAUUAUGGGCAAAGAUUGAUUACGGCGUCAGAAAUCAAAAACAAACUCUUUAAAGAUCCGAAAGAUAUCGCAAAAUCUAGCACUAUGGGCGCAGGAUCUACUAAGAGUACAUUGGUCAUGGAUGAAAAAAAAAAUGGCAAGCCUAAGGAACCAAAAUGGGUACCGAUUAAUAAUUGUGCUGACACUAAGGAGGCGCAGAAGUCUAGCCAAGUACCACUUUCUAAAAAGCAAGCAAAAAAAUUGGAUCAGAAAGCCACUAAAGAAUUGCGUAAAUUUCAAAAGGCUUUUCCUGCAUUUAAUGCAGCUGAAUAGGAAACCGGUGUCUUUAACGAUGAUGAAUUUUUGUAUAAUAAGUGUCUUUGUAUAAUAACGUUUAUUCUUACUUAAAUAUCCUGAAAACUUUAUAUAUUUGCAACUGUUCAAUUACAAAUAAAUAAAAA